AUGCUCGAUCCAUCCCAAAAGAACGCCCCAUGGACGGAGGAAGAGAUAACUAUCAUCCACGACGCGCACCUCCGGUUGGGAAAUCGGUGGGCCGAGAUCGCCAAGCUCCUAACCGGCCGCACAGACAGCGCCGUCAAGAACUACUGGUACACCACGGCGCACAAGAACAUCGGCCGGCAAAACAAGGAGAUCCGCGGAGGAGGCGGUGACGGUGGAAGCGACCCUAGCCGCAGCCGUGACGCGGGGGCCAGAGGAAGCUCGACCAUAGACCCCAUUGGUCCUCGUGGCGAAAGCGUUGCCACGAACGGGGGCGGUCCAGGUUUCUACGACGAUCCCAAACCCGACGUCGUUCCGAGGGAAGCCGUGAUCGCCGGCGGCUGCUCCGCACCGGUCGGCCAUGUCGAGGGCGGCGAGUGCCAACUCCAGCCCGUAGUCGCAGGCCUGGGAGUGUGCGGGGGAAUCGGACCACCUCCCGCGAUGGCCGUGGCCACCGCUGCCGCCGUCGCUACCCAUGGCCAAGGGAUGCCGCCCGUGGGGGCCGCUACAGCGGCACCGGGGGUCGAAUCCCCGUCCCCGCCUGCCCUUGUACCUUCGUCGGCGUCCACGUUGGGGACGACCGCACCCGCCGCUGUGGAUGAAAACAAUCGUUGGCAGGUGUCCGACGACAACAAGCGGGGUGUGGUCAACCAAACCGCGAUCGGGUCCCUCACGAAGACAGAGGCGACGGACCCGCGCAAGGCCGCCGCCUGCUACGGAGAGCUCGACAAGAAAGUCGCGGGCGAGAAUGGAGACGGCAGCGCCAGCACCGGAGACGCCGGUGCCGUGCAUGGGUGGCACCUUGCCACUUCCGCGGCUAGUGACGCGGUGGAAGAAGCCCCGGGGCACAGGAAGGACGGGAGCUGCGGCGUCGUCCUAGGACCGGGGGGCGUGGCCCCCGCGACGUCGUCGCUGCUCGAGCAAGCGUCGGUCGUCAACGCUCACGCGGUCAGCAACACCGUGACGAAGUCCCCGCCGCUGCCGGCCCCCGCGUCCUCCGUGGGGUCGCGGGACCGCGACCAGCAGAUCGGGAGCAAGCGGCCCCGCCCCCGGCUCUUCGUGAACACCAAUGUCGACGCCGCCGGGAUGUACAUCGGUGGCCACGAACAGCAGCAGCACCAGCAGCACCAGCAGCACCAGCAGCACCAGAACCAGUCUCACCACCUUCACCAGCAGCAGCAGCAGCAGCAGGGGUUCGAGGCGGACGCGAACGCAAGCGCGGCGGCCGCGGUGGCCGCCGCCGCUCGCUCUGCGGCACGAGCUCCCCACGCGGUGUCGAUGUCCGCGGUCCCCUUCGGAUGCCCACCGGGGCUGGGUUCGUCGGCCGCCGAGGCAGCGUCGAAAGCGGCGGAGGCGGCGGCGAGGGGUGGUGGCGACGGCAACGGUGCCGGCGGCGGCGACCACCCGAUCGCCAUCCCCGGGACGUCAGUACGCCGAUACAUGCACGUCCAGCUGCUGUUGGCCUUGAUGAGCGCGCCGGGCCUGAGAGUGGUGACCCCCGCGAGGGUAUCGUGGGACCGCCUCGGCUACUACCCGGUGGACGCCGUGUUCGGGCCACCGAAGCCGGGGGCGCGUCCGCCCGGCCCGCCCAGGCUGACGCCGACCUCCACCGCGAUCCCGACGAUGCCGGGCUUGUCUCCUCGCUCUCAGUUCGGGAGUGACUCCGCUGCCGCCGCACUGGUACCAUCGAAACGCGCGCGUUCGGGCACGGGGCCGCCCGUCGCCGAAGGAGGAGGAGACAGUAGCGGCGGCAGCGGCAGCGGCGGCAUCAGUGGCAAAGGCGGCAGCGGCGGCAGCGGCGGCAGCAGUGGCAGCGGCGGCAGCGGCGGCAGCGGCGGCAGCGGCGGCAACGGCGGCAGCGGCGGCAGCGGCGGCGAGGUAUGCGUUCGUGAAACAAUGCCCGCCAUCGGGGGAAGAGGAGGAGGAGGUGGAGGGGGAGGAGGGGGAGGAGGGGGAGGGACGACGCACACCGGUGCGAUGGCGAUGCCCCCACCGCAGCACAGCCCCAGGACGUCGGCCAUACUGAGCGGGCUACCGGUCGGGGAGGGCAUGAUGAUGCUCGGGGACACCGGGGAGCUCCUCCCGUACGCCUCCAUAUCACCCACCUCCUUCAUCGGAAUAGGAGGAAUGGGAGGGAUGGGCCCCAUGUCACCGUACCAGUUCCCGUCGACGGCCGGCGGCGGCGGCGGCGGCAGCGGUGGCGGCGGAGGAGUUGGAGCAGGAAUCUUAUGUGGCGGUGGUGGCAUCGGGGGCGGCGGCGGUGGCGGCAGCGGAGGAGGCGGCGGCGGGGGCGGCGGUGGCAGCGAUGGAAGCGGGAGCGGCGACUUCGACUUUGCGACGGUGAUGGGGGCCAUCGGGGGAGGGUCGCAAGGCAUGGGCAUGGUUCCCAACUACAGCUUCUCCGACUUCGCGUCGGGGUACUCGCCCAAUCCCGUCAGCCCCACGUUCGGCUCCAGCCGCCUGUCUCCCCUGGCCGGGGUGCAAUUGCCGCAGUCGCUCUCUCCACGGGUGAACUGGGGUUAA